GGAAGGCAGAAUGAUGACAGUAAAGCAAUCCCGGAUGAGAAGACAAACAUUUAAUCCUCUGGGAAACUGGAAUAAAAAUAUUGAGUCUAGACGUUCAGGAUCUGCUUUAAGGUGACUCUGGAGCGACAACACCGCGACUCCUCCCUGAACGACGAGGAGAACACGGACGUGUUGUGAUGUUAUUGGACUAGCAAAAGUAGAAAAACACCACGUUAAGGACUGUGGAUGAAAAAUCCAUGAAAAAUAGGGCUACUACAGGACGUUACUUGGGAGUCGGGACAUUUUAAAGAUUCAGAGCGGCUUUCUUCCUAAUGGAAAUGGGCUGUACAAUGUUUGUACACGCAGCUUCGAGUGGGACAGGCUAGGACGUUUCUUACUAUUCUGGAGGAAAUGCUCUGCUCCACGCGUUAUGCUAUUAAAGUGGAAUCUUCCGUUUUGCAUAUCAAGUAGACACUAUAGUGCUCCACAUCAGCAUCACCCCAGACAACGUCAGCAUUCAUAUAUUUAGUCCCCAUUAACCGCAGAACUGAAGUCUUUGCAGGGUAAACGGCAAUGGCUCUGAAGUCCAGGAGACCGUGGACGACCGUGAUGUUCGGCGUCUUUCUCGGAUUCACCGCGUCCUCUUGGCUCAUUUUGCCGCAGGUCCUGGAAAAUAAAAGGAAAAAAUCUCCCAUGUGUUUGUACUACAGUGACUCCAGCGUUGCUAAAAGUCCUGGCGUCCACGGAAACUCCGUGCCAGUCAAAGAUCUGGACAGUCCGCAGGAGGAGAACAGGUUAUUCAGCGCGGGGAACAGCAGUGCGCAUUUAGGGAGACACCAAAGCAGACCAAAGCGUUUCCUUUAUGUUGGCGUCAUGACAGCCAAAAAAUACCUGGCGUCUCGCGCCGUGGCUUCGUAUGAGACAUGGGCAGCUUCUAUACCUGGGAAGGUGGAGUUCUUUUCGAGCGCUGGGUCUGGCACCGUCCACGUGCCGGUCCCCGUCCCCGUGGUUUCACUAGCAGGUGUCGACGAUUCCUACCCACCCCAGAAAAAAUCAUUUAUGAUGCUAAAGUACAUCCAUGACCAUUACCUGGAUAAAUACGAGUGGUUCAUGCGGGCAGAUGAUGAUGUUUAUAUAAGAGGUACUUAUUCUUAUUCCUGUGAGAAGCUGGAGUUGUUCUUGCGGUCACUCAACAGCAGCAAGCCCCAUUACCUCGGCCAGACAGGCCUGGGCACAGCUGAAGAAUUAGGCCGACUGGCCCUAGAACCUGGAGAGAACUUUUGCAUGGGAGGACCUGGGAUGAUCUUCAGUAGAGAGGUGCUACGCAGGAUGGUCCCUCACAUCAGUACCUGUUUAAGGGAGAUGUACACCACCCAUGAGGAUGUGGAAGUAGGGCGCUGUGUGCGACGCUUUGGAGGGACACAGUGUGUGUGGUCUUAUGAGAUGCAGCAACUGUUCUAUGAAAACUAUGAACACAACAAGAGAGGUUUCAUUGAAGAACUUCACAGUCGCAAGAUCCACAAUGCAAUUACACUCCAUCCCAACAAAAGUCCUGCCUACCAGUACCGCCUCCACAGCUUCAUGCUCAGCCGUGAGAUCUCAAGGCUCCGUUACCGCACCAUCCUACUCCACCGUGAAGGCCGACAUAUGAGUUAUCUUAGUGAUACAGAAAUACUGUGGGAGGACCAACAGCUGGGGUCUCCACCUUCCUACAUGCGCUAUGUGCCCAGUGAGAGAAAUGAUGUCACUGAGUGGGAUUUCAUGACAAGCCAUCAUAGUUAUUCUGCUGUUGAAAACAAGAUGGCUAGGCAAAGCCUUGGGAAAUUGCUUCGGACUGCCCUUGAAGACAUUAUAGUAGAGGUCAUGGAUAUGAUUAAUGAAAAUUCAAAGACACGUGGCCAUGUAAUUGACUUUAAAGAGAUUCAAUAUGGCUACUACAGGGUGGAUCCAAUACAUGGUGCCGAAUAUAUCUUAGACUUGUUGCUUCUGUACAAAAAACAUAAGGGACGUAAAAUAACUCUGCCUGUGAGGCGACACGCUUACCUUCAGCAGUCUUUUAGCCAACCCUUCUUUACUGAAGCUGAAGAUUUAAAUGUGGCUGAACUUAUGGCCGCCAUCAACUCUGAAUCAAAAUCCCUGUCAUUCCUAUCCAACUCUCUGAAGUUCUUGUCACGUUUCCAGUUUUAUGAGUCAACCAGGGAAAUGUGGGAGCAAAGCCAGAAAAAGAUCAACAUUCUCGUCCCCCUGUCUGGUCGCUACAGCACUUUUAUUCGUUUUAUGGAGAACUUUGAGAAAGUGUGUUUGAUACCCAAACAAAAUGUGAAACUGUCCAUCAUUCUGGUUGACAAUGUGAACACAAAGAAAAGAAAAAAGCAUAUUCAUUUAAUAAUGGACUACAAAAGAAAGUAUCCUAAAGCUGAUAUGCUUGUAAUUCCCAUGACAGGAAACUUUUCACGGGGGCUGGCUCUAGAGCUGGGUUCCUCACAGCUUGAUAAUGACACUUUACUGUUCUUCUGCGAUGUUGAUCUAAUCUUUAGUGGUGAUGCCCUGCAGCGCUGCAGAGACAAUGCUGUUCAAGGGAGACAGGUAUAUUUCCCUAUUGUCUUUAGCCAAUAUAACCCUAAGAUGGUGUAUGGUGAAAAGGCCCCAAGUGAAAACAAAUUUGGGCUCACCAAGAAAAGUGGCUUUUGGCGUGAUUAUGGCUUUGGGAUUACCUGUGUUUAUAAGAGUGAUUUACUAAAAGCUGGAGGUUUUGACACAUCAAUCCUAGGCUGGGGAUUAGAAGAUGUAGACUUAUUCACCAAAGUUAUAAAUUCAGGUUUGAAAGUUUUACGCAGUCAAGAACCAGGAAUUGUCCACAUUUAUCAUCCUGUCAAUUGCAAUUCAAGUCUUGAGCAGAAGCAAUACAAAAUGUGCCUUGGGUCAAGAGCGAGUACGUUUGCAUCAACAGUGCAGUUAGCAGAGAUGUGGCUUGAGAAACACAUAGAGGUAGGAUAUAACAGAACUUCAUCCUGACAUUCCAGCCUUCCAGGACUCCUCAAUGCAAGUUACUCUCUGUUCUGUUUUAAUGCAGACAGCCUCGCUAACCCAUUUUAUUGGUUAGCGAGGACCCUAACCAAUUAAAUGGUACAAGACCCAGCUGACAGCAGAAUAGCAGGCAGAACAAUGUUGAAGACACCCAAAGGUGAGACAACACAACAGAGACUCCGCCCAGUUUGUUGUGGAAACAAGUAUAACUAUCUGCUUAAUCACUGACUUCCAAACCAGCUGGAAAGAUGAUGAUAAGGAUAGAAAUAAGAAAUAUUUGGGAUUUCUAUUGGCUCAAUGGAGCUGAUGGCUAUUCUGUAUACAUGCACCACUCUCUGUAUACAUGCAUAAUUGAACACUGCUAAUUUGGGGGAGCUGAAAAUUAAAUAAAUGGCCCAAAGAAUAAGUUGCAUUACCCAAAAUACCCGGCAAUUAAAAAGUAAUGCUGUUGUAGUUGAGUUAUGAGAGUGCUGGAAGUUAUGCACAGACAGCUGCUUUACUCAGCUACAGGUUUGAGUGUGCAGCAGUAAUUCAGUGAAUUGGAUACUCUGUUGCUGCCCUCCAUGACUCAAGUCAUUGUGCUCACUGAGCAGCAUUCUGUACCACGCUGAACACUCUAUGUGUGUUUGUGUGAAUGUGUGCGCUUUGGUGAGGGAUUUGGCCCUGCUGUAUUGAACUAAACUAAUCUACUAAUUUCCCGGUGCAGUUUAGCGAUCACCUUCUGCAGACCUGAAGCUGAGCUUGGUUAGUUACUGUCUCUGCCACAUUUCCUGUGUGCCUCUGUACUGCAAUAAAUCCUGCUCAGCUAUCUUAUUUCUAGUCUUCAGCCUAACCAUAACUUGUAUUGUGAUUCAGCAUCUUCAUUGCCAUAAUUUUAUUCAAUCAAAACCUAGGAAAACACAUUAAGGUAGAAUCUCAUUCUCAGUUAGCCAAGGUGCAUACAAUAAAUGUAGAAAAGCAUAAAUGAAAUACCAAUGAAGGAGGAAUGUAUAGCUUUAUCAAUUAAACUAAAUAUUUUUACAUUAAGUCAUAAUAAAAAUUCCUGUGAUAAAACCAAAGGUGAAGCGAUACACAGCUGACUACCCAUAAAUAACAGAAAGAGUUUUUUUCUUGUACAAAACAAGGUUUGUUUCUACAAAACAAAAACAACAAUGUCAGUCACAGCUUUAUAAGCUUUGAUAAUUGUGUCUUUAUGCACUUUAAAACUAAGGUUUCCAUGGAUUUACAUGCCUAAUGUAGGUAUUUAUAGUGUUGCACUCUCUUUUAGUGUUAUUAAUAGAACAAAUUAUAAUACUACCAUAACUGGUCAGGUAUGCAUUUCAGAUCAUUUUGGUUUUUGCACAGCUUAAGACCAGUUUCACAUUUAGAGGUCAACAUAAACGUUACUGCUCUCCUGAGCGUGCUUUCUUAUUCACUGAAAUGUAAUACUAGAAGAGAGCUGAUACAAUGCUACCAUCAUCUGUAGCAUUUAUUAUAAAAGUGAUAUUUCCUUGUAAAAUACACUGCUCAAAAAAAAAUUAAAGGAAUGCUUUGAAAACACAUCAGAUCUCAAUGGAAAAAAACAUGCUGGAUGUCUGUAUUAUGUUGACUGCUUUAGGAACACAAGGAUGCCACGUUGGUUAUUGAAAAUGAAAAUUAUCAACCUGCAAAGGGCUGCAUUCAAAGACACCCUGAAAAUCAAAGUGAAAAAAUUAUGCAGCAGGCGGGCACCAGGAUGCUGGGCAGUGAUCACAGGACCCUCUAGAGACCAUCCAGCCCUUAGACCACCCUCAUGAAGUCUGUCUCUGAUUGUUUCGUCAGAAACAUUCACUCCAGUGGCCUGAUGAAAGUCAUUUAGUAGGUGGUGCUCAUCCUAUUCCUCCUUGCACAAAGCAGCAGAUACUGAUCCUGCUGAUGGAUUAAGGACCUUCUACGGUCUUGUCCAACUUUCUUAGAGUAACUGCCUGUUUCCUGGAAUCUCCUCUAUGAGCCUGUGACGGAGGACACAGCAAACCUUUUGGGAAUGGCACGUAUUGAUGUGCCAUCUUGGAGGAGUCUGUAGGGUCCAGGUACUGCCUCAUGUUAUCAAUAGUGAUACUGACCCUAGCCAAAUGUUAAAGUAUUAAAAAAAAA